AUGCACGGCUACAGUUCUUCAGAAGAGUCGGAAGACCCUAAACGACCUCGUGUGCUGCCCACGAGCUCCAGCACCACGAGCGACCAGAAAAAGAAGAAGAAGAAGAAGCCCCCGCCGCAAGUCGCCAUCAACCGGAUAUGGAAGAAACUCCAGGCAAGACAGCCCACGAUACCGCUCGCCGUGCUACCCUUCGACCCUGUGGUUCCGCCAGCGAGCCCUGAUAGAGCCAAUGAAUCGUCAGCUGCGUCGUACGAGAGGGCGGCGGAGGAGUGCCGGCGGAAAGUCCGCAAGAUAAUCGAAGAGUGCCACCGGGUGAAUACUCGAUAUCGAGACCCAGGUUGGGAUUUGGACUGGGACCUCAAGAUGGAAAAGGGAAACUGCCUGAAUUAUCUCGGUCGAGAAACCUUCGAGGUCGGCUACCCACCGUCUUCUAGCGCCACUGUUCCCAAGGCUGUCAAGCGGGUCCACGAAAUCUUCGAAAACCCCACGUUUAUGAAGAAUGUGAGCAGUUCCGAGAUCAUCCAGGGUAGCAUUGGAAACUGCUGGGCUGUUGCUGCUCUCUCUGCCCUUGCCGACGUUGUGGGCGGUAUUCAGCGACUCUGCGUCGCGCACGAUACUCGUGUUGGUAUCUAUGGAUUCGUCUUUUAUAGAGAUGGCGAAUGGGUCUACUCCAUUAUCGAUGACAAGCUGUACCUCAAGUCUCCGAACUGGGACUGCCCCAGCAUGCAGCGUCAGCUGCUCUCGCAAAUUGACCGCGAGGAUGUUGAGCUCCACUAUCGAAAGACGUAUCAAACCGGAUCCAAAGCUUUGUUCUUCGGCAAGAAUAAGGACCAGAAUGAAACAUGGUUACCACUGCUCGAGAAGGCAUAUGCAAAGGCCCACGGCGAUUAUGCGUCUCUCAUCGGCGGUUGGAUCGGUGAAGGUCUGGAAGACAUGACUGGAGGUGUAACGACGGAACUCCUUACUUCAGAUAUCCUGGACAUUGAUGCUUUCUGGAAAAAUGAGCUGUCAAAAGUGAACAAGGAGUUCAUGUUCGGUUGCUCUACCGGUCUUCUCGACGGCGGCUACGGUAGUCGAGAUGGAAUUACUGAGCGUCACGCUUAUGUAGUCAUGGAUGCUAGAACGCUCAAGUCUGGCCAGCGUCUGUUGAAGCUGAGGAAUCCAUGGGGCAAGACCCGAAAAGGUGUCUGGGAGGGGCCCUGGUCCGACGGCUCCAAGGAAUGGACCACUGACGUUCAGCAAGAACUCGGUCACUCUUUUGGAAAUGAUUCCGUAUUCUGGAUUUCCUACGAGGACCUCCUCAGCAAGUACCAGCACUUUGACCGCACUCGCCUCUUCCGUGAGGACGACUGGGGUUGCUGCCAACGCUGGAUAGGCGUCGACGUACCCUGGAAGGCGAGCUACCACGAAAAAUUCCACAUCAGGCUCACCAAGGACUCCCCCCUCGUCCUCGUCCUCUCCCAACUUGACCGCCGCUACUUCAAGGGCCUCGAGGGCCAGUAUAACUUCCGUCUCCAAUUCCGCGUACAUGAGAAGGACCGACCCGGCGCUGAGGACUACAUUGUCCGCUCCCACGGCAACUACCUUAUGACGCGGUCCGUCUCCAUCGAAGUUCCCAACAUGGCUGCGGGCGACUACACCGUCUUUAUUCUCGUGACGGCUGAGCGCUCCUCCUGCCGGCCUUCCGUGGAGGAAGUCGUGAAGCGCGAGUGCAAGAAGCGUGCCGAGAACGACAAACUCGCGCAGGUCGGCUACGCCUACGACCUCGCCCACUCCAAGGCCCACCACCACCUCGAGAAGGUCAAGGAAAUGCGCAAGAAGGCGAACCAGACCAAGGCCAGCACCUGCCGCAAGGCGCAUAGGAGGAGGGACUGGGAGAAGCGCCGCACCGAUCGGGAGAUCAAGCGAAAGCAGAUUGAAAAGAAUGAGGCUAAGAAGGCUAGGCUGAUCGCCGAGCGGGAUGCUGCUAGGAAAAAGGCCAUUGAGGAGGCGAAGGGCCAAAGCGAGAGUGAGAGCAGCGAGGAGGGUUCUUCUGAAGAGGAGGCCGCGAAGGAGCCCCAGAAUGAGGCUAAGGCUUCGGAUGCUAGCUCGAAAGAGAGUCCUUCGGAGGAGAAGAAGUCUGAAGAUAAGCCCGCUGAAGAGAAAGAUGAAAAGACUUCCAAGGAGGAGAAGCCAUCCGAGGAUAAGGAUUCUGGGGAUAAGCCUGCUCCUUCCGAAAGUGCCUCCUCCGAAGAAGCAAAGAAGAGUGAGGAAACACUUGGGACAGCAUCAUCCGAACCAAAGCUUGGCGAGGCCAAGGCGGAGGUAGCAGAGAAGACGGAGACGACUAACGAGACCAAGUCGGAGGAGCCCAAGAAAGUUACUAUCGCCGAGCCCGAGAAGAAAGACACAAAAUCCAAGAGUAAAAAGAAGAGGUCCAAGGAAAAGAAGUCGUCUAAGGAGGCCUCCCCACCAGUGGAGGAGGCAGUCGACUACUCCUCGGACUCGCCCGUCGAGGAAUGGGAAGCUAUCUACAGCAGCGAUGACUACGUCCGCAAGCCUCGCAAGCAGGCCGUACCGGAGACGACGGAGGCUGAUCGGUACCCGUCCGAGGAUGAGAAGCUCCCCGACCCCUGGAACGCCGUGUGCAUCGUCGGCUUCAAGGUCUACUCUAGGGACUCCGACUUGGAGCUCCGCGUUGUCAUGGAGGGAGGUGCGCUCCUCGAGGGCGGCAUGGGUCAGAAGGGAGAGAAGGACCUCGACAAUGCUCAGGCGAACGCCGCGGGCGAGCGGGAGGAGAAGUGUAACGCCUUCACUUCGUACGAUCCCAUCGUUGUCACUGAUGAGGAUGGGCAGAAGAAAGAGGUUGAGGACGACGCCAAGGUCGCAGGGCAGACUGAGGAUGAGGACGGCGAUGAUGAGUCCGAGGGUGACGAUGCGGCGCCUAAGGAAAAGAAACUGAAGAGGAGGAAGGACUCCAAGGCCACUCCAGAGGAAUCUCAUAAGGCUAACGGUGUGAAAGACCCGGAUGUUAAGGAGGAAAGUACUCCACCUACACCUAAGGACGACAAGGAAGCUUCUACAGAGGACAAGAAGGAAGAAGUCGCUGAGGCGAAAUCCGAAGCCAAGGCUGACAAUCCUAAAGAGGAAGAAACGUCCGACAAAGCCACACCAGAAGAACCUGCGGAAAAGAAGGAGUCCGCCGAGGAGAAGCCUGUUGAGGAGAAGUCCGAGAAAGAUGAUGUUAGCAAAGAUGAAGAAGAAGUAAAGAAAAAGGAAAUAAUCAAGAAGUCGGAAGAGCUAGACGAGAAGGAGGCGGCGCUCCGCAAGAGAGAAGAGGAACUUCGCAAGAAGGAGGAAGAGUUGGAGAAGCGAUUCCAGGAAAUGAAGAAGCGCGAGGAAGAGGAGAAGAAGAAAGAGGAAGAAGAAUACGUCGACUGCGAGGAGGUGUCAUCGGAUGGGUCUUCCGUUGGCGUGCAGACGCCCGAUUCCACGCCGUCCGAGGAGAUGAAUAAGUUUCUAGGCUAG